AUACUCGGAUUUCUGAAAAUGGAUAAAUUGCCCCCCCGUUCCUUUACGACGCUGAAGGUAUUUCGUGUUUCUUUGUAUUUGUAAAAUUUUGUAUGUUAAUCGACAAUCCAGCUUUGGAUGUUCUUGUAUAGGAUUUUGGAAGGAUUUAGUUAAUUAUUAACUGCUCCACUCAGAUUGUGUGACGGAAAAACUUAAUUCGUUUUUCUUGGUUUUUCUGGAUUUUGGAUAAUCUUUUCAAUCUGAUUUAUAUGCUACGAAAUUUUGCUGAAGAGAAGCAUUUUUUUGGAACUGCUGGAUAAAUUCUUGAAUGUUCUUCUUAAUUUAUUCAAUACAUGUAGUUUCAGAAGGGUUUAUCUCGAGUGGUAUGGUUAGUUUAUUCUAUUGUGGUAUGUUUGUCUCGGGAUAUGCAUUCUUUUGAUUAUGAUAUUCGAUGGCAUACAUGUCCGAGUGAAUUGGACGGACGGGGACAGCUUUCGUCCCUAAACGGCCCUGCUUCUGAGGCUGUGGAGCUUGAUAAGAGGUUUUGGACUGGAAGUGGGAUUGGUACGAACAAAGAUAUGGUGGAGAAGCUCCAGACCUAUGGAGUGGUGAGGUCAAAGAAGGUUUCUGAAGUAAUGGAGAACAUAGAUAGGGCCUUCUUUGUGCCGGAUGAUGUUCCACCUUAUGUUGAUACUCCUGUGCCGAUUGGAUAUAAUGCCACAAUAUCUGCACCUCACAUGCAUGCUACUUGCCUUCAGUUAUUGGAGAAACACUUGCAACCAGGAAUGCGGGCUUUGGACGUUGGCUCAGGAACGGGAUAUUUGACUGCAUGCUUUGCGUUAAUGGUUGGACCUGAAGGCCGUGUUGUUGGUGUUGAACAUAUUCCCGAGCUGGUUGCUUCCUCAAUGGAGAAUAUUAAAAAAAGUGCUGCUGCUCCUUUACUGAAAGAAGGUUCCCUCUCUCUGCAUGUUGGUGAUGGCAGGCAGGGUUGGGCCGAGUGUGCACCAUACGACGCUAUCCAUGUUGGAGCAGCAGCUACUGAAAUUCCGCCAGCUCUCAUUGAUCAGUUGAAGCCUGGCGGGAGAAUGGUGAUUCCUGUUGGGAACAUAUUCCAGGAUUUGAAGGUUGUAGACAAAGAUAGUGAUGGCUCUGUUAGCAUCCACGACGAGACUUCCGUUCGUUACGUGCCUCUUACAAGUCGAGAAGCUCAGUUACGUGACAAUUGAUCUUGCCUUAGGCAAUACUUUCUGAUGCUCUGCCUCUAUUAUCAAAAUGCUGCGUAUAGAAACUUUUAGACACUGUUUGCCUCUUGCUUCGAACAUCCGCACUGUAUAUUCUUCCUCAACGUCGGUAUUUAGUACAAAUAAGGAUUUUAUAUCCUUUGCUUUCGAUCAA